UGAAUGGGACCGGGGCGAUGGUAACAGCGCGACAGUGAAAGAACUUUCUUCGUAACCAUAAAGACCGGCUGACUCUUGGUCGAUCAGUUCGACUUCUUUGUGGAACUACGGUGAAAGCGUGCGCGAGCAACAGUGAUCUUCGACGAAGCCAGAAUCCGCAGCUUCUCUGUAAAAUUCGAAGGUGAAAAGAACAGCACUGAAACGAAAUCGUGGUCGAAUGUUCGUACCGAUUCAAUAUAAUACAUGUCGAUCGUGGAAUUUAGCAAAACGCGUGGUGUAUGAUGCUCUAUCAAUGAAAGGAAGAACGUAUCCGUGAUUCGGAACAACAUUUGUAUUUCGUGCAUUUCGUGAACAAAAUAAAUGGGAAAAUGCUUUUACUGUCCCAUAACAAAUUCUCGUGCCUAAUUCUGACCAUGAUAGUUUUUACAUUGACAUCGAUUGAAGGCUAUGGGCUUCAUCGAGAGAUUACAACGGCUCCAGUUACUUCAACUGAAAAUUCUUUGAAUAAUUCACGAACUCGUCCCGGAAGGUUUUUAUUCGAUGAACUAUUUGGUAUCGACAUUAUCGAUACUGUUGAUUCAGACGAAGAAAAACUAAGGAACUGCACGUGCGAAUGCGGUUUAUCUAAUCAAGAAAAUCGAAUAGUGGGUGGACGUCCUACAUUUCCACAUAGAUAUCCCUGGGUAGCGAGACUAGUAUAUGAUGGUCGUUUCCAUUGUGGUGCUAGUUUAAUCAACAAUGAUUAUGUAAUUACUGCUGCUCAUUGUGUACGGAAUUUGAAGCGAUCGAAAAUUCGAGUGGUACUCGGCGAUUACGACCAAUAUGUAAAUACUGAUGGAAUUCCUAUUAUGAGAGCAGUGAGUGUUGUAAUACGUCAUAGAAAUUUUGAUAUGAAUUCCUACAAUCACGACGUGGCCUUAUUAAAAUUACGCAAGUCCGUACAAUUUUCAAAGAAGAUUCGACCAAUCUGUUUACCGCAACCAGGAACCGAUCCUGCAGGGAAAGAGGGAACAGUAGUAGGAUGGGGUCGUACUUCGGAAGGAGGCAUGUUGCCUGGAAAAGUGCAUGAAGUGCAAGUCCCCAUAUAUAGUUUGGCGCAAUGUCGAAAAAUGAAGUAUCGAGCAAAUCGAAUUACCGAAAAUAUGAUUUGCGCCGGCCGAGGUAGUCAUGACUCUUGUCAAGGAGACAGUGGCGGUCCUCUUCUCGUUCAAGAAGCCGAUAAGCUUGAAAUAGCAGGAAUAGUAUCAUGGGGUGUAGGCUGUGGUAGAGCAGGUUAUCCCGGAGUUUACACAAGAGUAACUCGAUAUCUUAAAUGGAUUCAUGCAAACAUGAAAGAAGGCUGUUUAUGCGCCAAUAACAUGAAACCUUUGUGCUACUUAAUUUUAUUAUUCAUUCUGCUUGCGACAACGAAAGAAUGUCAGGCUGGAAAAUUCAACGAUAAGACGAAAAGUUUCUUUGGACUUUUUGGUAAUAAGCCACCUUACACCACUGAUACACCUGGGCCCUGCUACUGCAGUUGUGGGUUACGGAACGAAGAAAGUCGUAUAGUUGGAGGUCAAACGACAAGUAUGAAUGAAUUUCCAUGGAUGGCUAGAUUAUCGUAUCUAAACAAGUUUUAUUGCGGAGGUACACUUAUAAACGAUCGCUAUGUCCUCACAGCCGCACAUUGCGUGAAGGGUCUUCUUUUCAGAUUCAUGUGGUUCAUGAUCAAGGUUACUUUCGGAGAACACGAUAGAUGUACUGAGAAAGGACCAGAAACCAGAUAUGUAGUACGUAUUAUGACUGGUGACUUCAGCUUCCUGAAUUUCGAAAAUGAUAUCGCGUUGCUUCGCCUUAAUGAAAGAGUACCAUUAAGUGAUACAAUACGGCCAAUAUGUUUACCAACAAUGCUGGAUAAUGAAUACAUAGACACAAAAGCAAUCGUGUCAGGUUGGGGUACAUUAAAAGAAGAUGGCAAACCAUCCUGUCUUCUUCAGGAAGUUGAAGUUCCAGUCAUGAGUCUUCAAACUUGUCGUAAUACCAGCUACAGUGCCCGAAUGAUUUCAGACAAUAUGCUAUGCGCGGGUUAUCUUGAAGGACAAAAAGAUUCAUGUCAGGGAGAUAGUGGUGGACCUUUAAUAACGGAACGCGAAGAUAAAAAAUAUGAACUCAUUGGUGUGGUAUCCUGGGGUAAUGGAUGCGCAAGACCUGGUUAUCCAGGUGUAUAUACAAGAGUUACACGAUAUAUGGACUGGAUUUUAAAACAUUCAAAAGAUGGCUGUUUCUGUGAACAUAAUUGAUUAUAAUUAUACACAAAGUUUUUAAUAAGGAAUAUGAUAAAAAGAGUAAAUAAGAUUAUUUUUAUGUCCUACUCUAUGUAUGAGAUCUCUGAAUUCUUAUACUAUGUACCUCAGAAUGUAUAUGAUAUUUUCAUAACAAUUUUUUAUAACUAAUUUAAAAUUGACAUAUUUUGUAAAUUUAAAGUGACGUUAUGCCAGAUAUGAAACUGAUAAACUUAAAUUGCUCAA